GGUCACAUCUGGAACUUGGAGGUUUCUCUCUCUUUCAACGUCCGGCAAAAUGUGGCGUUCAACAACGCAAACAUCAUGCAGAAUUAAGUGCGCCUGCAGCCUAGCUGGGAAGAGGUUAAAGCUCCCAUCAAGAUGUCAACUUUGCACGAAAGCAGAAGCCCCUCCUGCCCCUCCACCUCUUCCUCCACCCAAAAAGUCAGGCAGGCGGUUCCUGAAGUUUCUGGCAGGCACUGUUCUUGUAACUGGUGGGACGAUGGUAGGAGCUGUUGCCUAUGCUAGGGCCAACCCUGAGUUCCGGAAGCAGGUGGAGAGCAACUGGCCGAUCCUCAUCGGCUUCUCCCCGUAUCUAUUCAACGAUGACGAUGAUGAGGACAAGAAAGUCAUGGAGGUGUUGCCGGGGCUGAGGGGAGGAGGUUUCUCAAAUCUACCGUCACUUCUGUUCCCAAAACCAAAAGUUGACGAGCCAGACUUGGUUUCCGAAUCAGCGGCAGCAACAGCAGUAACAGAUACACCAGCUAGCUCGGACAUGAUUUUAUCUCAACAGAUUGACACCCAAAAGGAGGAAGAAGCAAGAAAGAAAGAGGAGGAAGCAAGACAGAAAGCAGAAGAUUUAAGACAGAAGGAGGAAGAAUUAAGACAGAAAGAGGAGUCGCGUCUUGAGAGACUAAGGAGAGAACGUGAAGAAGAGCAGCGAGCCAAGGAGCUUCAGAAUAAAAUCAUUGAACAGGAAAUAGAUGAUGCUGCAGACUUAGCUGCCUAUGAAGCCAUCAUUGAUGCGACAGCCAAUAUCAGCUCCCAGCUGACUCAUGAUGCCAUUAAGGCUCAGAAGACGGCUGCCCUGCGUACCACGGAGCACCGUGAACGACUGAAGGAAGCGAUGGAUGAAUCCCAGAGUGACACAAAGGAUAAGCAUGAACAGUGGGGGCGAGUGGUAGAGGCGGCAGAAGCCAAGAUACAAGCUCUGAAGGUGGCUGAUGAUUAUUCACAGGCGGCGAGAAUGGAGUUGGAGAAACUUCAGGUGGUGAUCAAUGAGAGCAAAGAAAUCAAAUCCAAGCUCCCCUCUAGUCAGAUUGUCACUGAUGCCACAAAACAUCUAAAUGAUAUGACCUAUGACCUAGAUAGUGCCACAGCGGAGGUGGUGAAAGCUCAGUCGGAAUCCAAUAUCCUGAAGGAGUUUCAUGAGUUAAUCCAAGAGAGCAAGGAACAAUUUACUAAGGAGUUAGAGAGCCUCAUGCCAGAGGUCAAGCUGGGAGAGAAAGACAAGAAACUGACAGAGGAGGAGCUAAACUCUCUGAUUGCCUACGGACAUCGUCGGAUUGAGCAGCUGCAGCAUCAGCUUGCUGAACUGCUCACCAUGGAGCAACAGCACAUUGAGAAGGCACUAGAGAAACAGAAGACAGAACUACAAGAAGAGACCGUCGAAGCUAUCAAUAGAGAACUGGAACGACAGAACGGAGUAUUCACAAUGGAGAUACAGAAGAAGAUAGAUCAGGCAAAACAAGAAAGCGAAAAGGAGAUGCGUACCCAGCUUCGUCGUCAAGCUGCUGCUCACAGCGACCACCUUAGUGACGUCCUACGCCAGCAAGUCAAGGAGUUUGAGGUGGAGCUGCAGAAACAUGAGAGAGAAAUCCGCAUCCAGGAGCAAGACAAUUACCACCAGAAACUAGCAGGUUCCUUGGCUACUCUAAAGGGUGUACAGGCCGCAGUGGAAGGUCGUGCUAGUAUGGAAAAACAAGUAAAGAAGGCCCAAGAAUUGUGGCUUGCCAGUGAAACAUUAAAACGAACCAUAGAAUCAGGUAAUGGCACCCCUACACCUUUAGCCAAUGAAGUUGUAGCUGUCUUAGAUGCGUCAGAAGGCAAUUCCUUCGUAGGUGACAUCGUCAAAUCCAUACCUGACACUGCUCUGACGAAGGGUAUUCACAGCCAAGAAACGCUUCGUCAGCGCUGGGACCACGUCAAGAGGGUCUGCCGACGCGUCUCCAUGGUGGAGGAGUCUGGCAGCGGCCUCUUCACCUAUGUCGUCUCGUUCUUCCAGUCUCUGCUGGUACUCAGCGAGAAGCUGGUGCCCCCACCCCACCCCGACCAGGAGGUUGAGCCAGACAGUCUGGACACGUUUAAGAUACUGGACUACGCCACUUAUCACAUGGAGCAGGGGGAUUUGGAGCAGGCGGUACGGUAUGUCAACCAGCUAAAAGGGAUGCCGCGUAAGGUGGUCGCUGAUUGGCUGGAACAGGCCAGGCUGCUAUUGGAAACCAGCCAAGCAGCCACUGUACUGUCGGCACACGCUUCAGCCUCGGGUCUUGGGGGUCUUAACUUUUGAGUGAAUUCAGAGUGAUCUUGAACUGUUCUUGAUUCUUUCCUUAAAUACUUUCCUUCGGAUUUAUGCCAAAGCCUUAAGUCAAUUGAAUGCAUGGUUUUAAUCCAACAAGUGGACAUAAAUUCACAAGGUCAUUUGGUGAGACUGCAGGACUUGCAUUGACAAGGUUGUGGGUUCGAAUCCCCCAGGCUAACCACUGAUUUCACUAUGAAUAGAA